AUGCUCUUGAGAGAGGCUCUCGCUUUUGAGGAGUUGUUGACGAAAUCGAAGUUUUCCAGUUGGAGGGGUGUCGAACAGCUUAGCAUUUUUGUUGAGCGGGCUGAAGAGGGACGAAGAAAAUUGAAGAAGUUGAAUGACAACCUCAGGUCGACACAUGAGCAGAUUUUAAGUGGAAUUAUCGGCCUUUGUGAGUUGUCGUUGCUACGGCAAGGGGAGCGUUGGAAAUCGGCGUUGUCGGAGCUUCAGCGGAAGGUUGAAGUUGCUGCUGAGAUGGUCGGGGCUUCGGAAAAGGAUUCUUCGACUCUGUUGUGGCGAGCGCAUUUAGACCGACAGUUGCAAGCCGUCGUUGAAGUACAGCUGAUAAAAGGGCUUCAGACAUUUAAUAAAACGUUGCCGGAUGUAAUGGGUGAAAAAUCGCCAAUUUCGGAGUUUUUCUCCCACUUUAAGAUACGUGUUGAUAUUCUGUCCAGUGGAAAGAGGGUAAUUUUGAAACCGCCGAUCGAAGAACUCCGGAAGAAAUACUAUCGCGAAGUUUUGAAAUUUGUAGGACGAGUUGGUAGCAUCAGAGGCUUUGGAGGAGUCCCCAGAAUUUUCAAGAAAAUUACGGAAGUAUCUUCGGGCGUGAGAGAGGCAUUGGUGUUGGCCUAUUCUCAAGCGGAAGACCUAUUUGAUAGGGUCGAGAGGGAAAGAGGUGAAGUGGAGUGCUGGGGGGUUCUGGGAAGUGUUGGAGAGCAACGCUUGGUGGAGUUGGUGGAGUUUUAUGAUGAUGCUGACGAGACUAUUUGGGAGGCGAAUUUGAAGCAAAUGAGGAGGAAAAAACGAGAGUUGGAGAGAAUACCGGAUUUUGUGAAAGUUGAUUGUUUUAUGGUACAUCUGGUGAUAUUGAAAGCCGUGGUGGAGGAGCAAAUCGAACGAUUCUCGUUGGAGUUGGUGAUAUCUCUGAAGCGGAGAGUUAAUGAGGAAAUAAAAUCGAUUUCGGAGCGACUUGAAUCAUCUCUUGGGAAACUAUCUACUGUUCCGGAGAGUUUUAGAGAAAUCGCAGAAUGUGAAAAUGAGGUUGGGAAGCUGUCGGAGGAAUUGCCGAGUAUAAGAAAACAUUUGGACGGUUUGAGCCAGAGGGCGGUCUUGAUCGAGUCGACUGGCGGGGGAGUUGUAGUAGGUCUUGAAAAGCUGCGAGAAUUAUGUGGCGCGGUGACGGUUAAAGUAGAGGGUCUUGGAUCUAUCGUAGAGGAUUCUCGAGAGAAGUUAAAGCAGCGGAUGGGCGGAAGAAUUGAUGAAUUGGAAGAAAUGGCUGAGAGAUACGCAUCGAGAUGGAAG